AUAAAAUAAAUAAUUUGACAUAAACAUCUUUAUUUUGUGAUCAAACCAACGUAAAUUUUGGUCUUAUUUGAAGCGGGAUUAAGUUUGACGUAUUUUGAAAAAAAAAAACAUAAUAAGGAAGACAAAGUGACCUAAGAGAGGUUUUUACGUAAGACCGAUCAAUAUUGGACGUGUUGAACUUUGACACACUGUGCACAGUGUGCAGGUUUUCCGGACCAUUUGUUUUGAUUUUUUUUAAGCCAGCCGGAAAAGAUGAGCUCCAAGAAAGUGAUCGAGCUGUUCUACGAUGUGGUGUCUCCGUACUCCUGGCUGGCCUUUGAGGUCAUGUGCCGCUACAGAAGCGUGUGGAACAUUGAGCUCAAGCUGAAACCUGCGUUUCUGGGGGGCGUCAUGCAAGGUUCUGGCAACAAGCCCCCUGGACUGGUUCCGAGUAAAUUCAUGUGGAUGAGCAAGGAUCUGUGUCGCCUGGCUGAAUAUUUCAAUGUCCCGUUGAAUCUUCCUUCAGACCCUGCAGAAACCAUGUUCAGGAAAGGCUCCUUGAAUGCAAUGCGCUUUGUGAAAGCAGUGCAGGAGAAGGAGCCAGGCGGAGACCACCGAGUGGAGAAGGUGUCCAGAGAGCUCUGGAGAAGAAUCUGGUGUGAAGACAAAGACAUCACUGAGCCCGCAUCACUGGCCGAGGCGGCGCUGAACGCUGGCUUGAGCAAGAGUGAGAUUGAAGAGGUGCAGAAGCUGUGCACCACGCAGGAAAUCAAAGACAAGCUGAAGAGUAGCACGCAGGACGCACUGGACUAUGGGGCGUUUGGCUUCCCCAUGAUGGUGUGUCACAUCGACGGGAAAGCUGAGAUGUUUUUUGGCUCCGACAGAUUCGAGAUGAUGGCCCAUUGUCUUGGUGAAAAGUGGCUCGGACCUCAGCCUGCUCAUCUUGCAAGGUCAUCGGCCAAACUGUGAGACGAAAGCUGCCUUUCAACUCUAAUCUCUGUUCACGCUCAUCAAAUCGUCGUCUUUUCUGAAAACUAACAUUCAUGCGUUGUGCCUCCUGAGAUCACGUGACCACUUUUUGAUGCUGUGUGUGACAAAGAGUACGUACACUAUAUUGCCAUUGGAAUAAAUCGGUACUCCUCCAGA